UUUUUCUCUUAUACUUUAUUUCUUAUUCAGACUUUGUGGUAAAUUCUAGAUGAUUGACUUCGUUUCUGGUUCAGUUGAAUGCAAAACUACUGAUCAAUCAUUCUACUAGUUGAUUUGUGCAUGUAACUUUUACUUAUGUUAUCAAAAUAGAAAAAUAGAUGUGUCUGUCUACAUAAAAAUUAGUAGCAGAGGCUCAUGUAUAGAACUGACUCGAUAUGAUAUGUAUGCUUGCAUGUAAAUAGGGCUUGAUUGCUUUAUAGGCAUAGUUGGACCUACAUGUGAAUUGGUAAGUUAUGCAUUAAAAAUAUCACCAUUAACAUAUCCCAUAUUGGUCAAUAAGAGAGAUUACAUCAGCUUAAGACAAAUGUUUAGAUUCAAUGAAGUAGGCUUAUAAUGUGAAUAUGCCUCACUGAAUUGGAUACUAAAUCAUUUGCUUUGAUCAUGACAUGCUCAUUAAGAUACUAACAAUUCUUAUGUAACAGUGGAUCCAGCAUAUUUUUUUGUUGGGAAAUGCUUAUCUUGGAUCUUGCAUUAUGAAGUUGAAUAAAUAACAUUUGAACUGACUGAUGCAGAUGAUAUUUUCUUGGUCCAAGUGGACAGACUUUUCUUAGGUUAAUCCAAACUCAACUGAACUUGCAAUUCAUGGACUUAGCCGAGGACGCAUUAAAUUGGAACUCUGCUAUUCGUAACUAUUGGUCUCUUCUUUCACCUCUGAUUUUCUCGGAUCAUCCAAAGAGGCCUGGUGAUGAGGAUCCCUCUCCACCUUUUAACAUGCUCAGAAAUGUGCUUGACAUGAAUGCUCGAUUAGGCGGGUUCUAUGCUGCAUUGUUAAAUGCAGGAAAAUCUGUUUGGGUUAUUAAUGUUGUUCCCACAAGUGGUCCAAAUUAUGUCUCUCUCAUCAUUGACAUGGGAUUUAUUUCAGCACGACUGCAAAAGCUAUGCACUUUAUUUUGGUCCCUUCAUGCGCAGUUUAUUCUGUACAAACCAGUAGAAUCACUAUAGUCCUUGAAAACAUAUGGUUGCACACUUGGAUUGGCUCAGUCCAAAUUCUGCUGCUUGGACUGCUGAAAUUGAGCCUGCCAUGUCAGUUCGUGCGGAUCACCCAAAUUCUUGUAGAAACAAUCCCUACUCUCCUUUACAUUAUAUACUAUUUAAUGCAAAGAAUCACUUAACAAAAUGUCAAGGGAUUUUUGGAACUUAUACAAUAAUAGCUUAAUUUCUUAACCAUAUCUGAUAAAUUAAUUCUGAUUUUCAUACUAGCCAAAAUACUUAAGCACUCCAAAAUGACACUGAUAAAUUUUGACUAAUAUUAACCACAAGAAGACUCCAAAGAAGCAUUGGAAUAAAUUUAGUAUAUGAGUCUACCAUCAAUGAGCACGGUAUUGGAACAUUUACAGCAUUCAUAUCAAGAGAAUCAUUUACUUCUAUUUCUAUAUGUUAUUGCAGUGAAACUCUUUUUUGUUAAAAUGGUUGGAUUUGGUUGUGGCAACAAACAAGCAUGAUGUACAUUGUUCUCUUAACUUCCUUUUCAAACAUCUUUUUCCCCAAUUUUAUUAUCAUCAUUGCAAAAAUUAUGCUGAUUCAUGGAAAUUUACACAUGUACGGAAAUGAUGAAAGCCAAGAUUGAGAUUGAUACUGACAGGUUCCUAGUGAGUAUUUGACAUUGAGGAACAAGUUUUUGGAAACAAAUAGAGAAUAUAGUCUUUGACCGAGAAGUUUCAUGUUUUGUAAUCAAAUGUUGAAGUACAUUGUUUGAAUGUUAGUUCGGUACGAUAUUUUCUGAGUUGAAAUGUUGGUAGUGUGGAUUUAAUACUUUGUAGUUUUUAUACUAUACUGAUGUAUGUUGGCACUUAUCAUUA